UAUUUAACAAUGACAAAUAGACGGUCCCAAAAAGGUAAUUACUAUAAAAUCGAGUGGUUCAAUUGGAUCGAAGGGCAGUUACCACCGAAAGCAUCAAACUGAAAGUGUCGAAAAUCAAGUUAAGCCAUGAAGUUUGCAGCUCUAAUUAUAUCCUUUGUCCUAAUUGUGGUUCUGACUUCUCAACUGGAGGCUCGGUUACUUCUUAGUAAUGGUAAUGGCUUCUUCUGCCUGUGGACUUCCAGGAAAUCCUGCUCCAAGAGCUCUCCUAGGUGCCUUCGGGUGCAGACAGAUGCAACUCCUACAUACACCUGCAAAUACUAUCGGAAUGAGUGUCAAUAUCUGCUCGAUAAUUGCAAGGGAGCGACAGUUUUUGGCCAACUGGGUACAUCCGUUGAUGUCUCGACAUAUUGCGUUAUGAAUAAUAUUGGCAUUGGUUCAACUGGAAUAUGCACCUAAAUCUAUUUUAUCU